UAGACACGCGCAGGAAGCGGGGUGUAUCUCCCUCGUCAAUUUCCACGUUUUGAAUUGUUUUGAACGUUUCCUAGCUUGGGACUUGUUGGAUAAAAUAGCAGGAAAACUUUAGAUUUUUCAGUUCAGGACUUCCAAGUUAAGGACUUCAAGGUUUCAAUUUAGCAGACAAGGACUCGUUUAUUUCACCAUAAAUACCUCCAUGGACAACGUGUGCAGCCACAGCUAUUCAGAAGCUUUUCAUCUCUAUUCCUUUGGUUUGAGUUUUAUUGCUCCAAGUUUGGACGAACAAUGACUAUCCUCAUUGAGCAGCCAGAUCUUGACUCACGAGCAGAGAACCAGAAGAUUUAUUCUGAAACCAAUGAGUUGGUAUUAGAUGGUGGAUUUGUGGUGCCUGAAACUGUGUCAAAUGAUGGAUUGGAAGCAGAAGAACUUGUCUCAAACAAUGCAUUCCUGGCACCAGAAAUCAAUUCAUUCGGCCGCUCAUUCAGAGAUUAUGAUGCAGAAAGCGAAAGGCAAAAGAGUGUGGAGGAAUUCUACCGCUUGCAACACAUUCACCAAACAUAUGAUUUUGUGAAGAGAAUGAGAGAGGAGUAUGGGAAAUUGAAUAGAGUGGAGAUGAGCAUAUGGGAAUGUUGUGAACUCCUCAAUGAGGUCGUGGAUGAUAGUGAUCCUGACUUGGAUGAACCUCAAAUCAUGCACUUGUUACAAUCUGCUGAGGCAAUCAGAAAAGAUUAUCCCGAUGAAGAUUGGUUGCACUUGACUGCACUUAUUCAUGAUCUUGGAAAGGUUCUCCUUCUUCCUAGCUUUGGAGGGCUUCCUCAAUGGGCUGUUGUUGGAGACACAUUUCCUCUUGGUUGCGCUUUUGAUGAAUCAAACGUUCACCACAAGUAUUUCAAGGAAAAUCCUGAUUACAACAACCCUGCUUACAACACAAAGUACGGACUUUAUUCUGAAGGAUGCGGACUAGACAAUGUGAUGAUAUCAUGGGGGCACGAUGACUACAUGUACUUGGUGGCCAAGGAAAACGGGACAACUCUACCUCCGGCUGCACUAUUCAUUAUCCGAUACCACUCAUUUUAUCCUUUGCAUAAGGGGGAAGCGUAUAAACACCUAAUGAAUGAGGAGGACGCCAAGAAUUUGCAGUGGCUUAGAGUAUUCAACAAGUAUGACCUUUACAGCAAGAGCAAAGUGCCAAUAGAUGUUGAACAAGUGAAGCCAUAUUAUCUAUCCCUCAUUGAAAAGUAUUUCCCACAAAAGCUCAGAUGGUGAAGCUUAUUGGAAUUUUGAAGCUUCUGGAUUAAGGAAAGAGGAAGGCUACUUGGUGUCGUAUAUAUAAUGCAUGAGUGGAUGCUUAAUUUACAAGAGGAAUAUUGGAAAUGUUUUUAUAAUUGAAGUUGUAGAUCAGUCAUGUGAUUUUUAUGAAUUGUAUUCCUUUGCUGUUUAUUCCAGUAAUUAAUUAAUUCCUUUUGCUCCAAA